AUCCAUUUUCUUCACACAUUGUCUUCCACUGUCCCACAAAUAUCCGAAACAUGGUAAAGUCCUUUAGCAUCUUCUUUUCUAUGUAAAUAUGUAUCUUAUAUAAGUAGUAUACUAUAGAGUAGUAUAGUAAAGCCUUAGCUUCAACAACAUUUUUUCUUUUAGUUGUAAACAUAUUCAUGAUUUGACUCUUUUUCUCCAAAAUAUAUGAAGAAGAAGACCUGGUUCUUGAAUUUCUCACUGUUCAUUCUCCAAAUCUUCACAUUUUCAAAUGCAUUGGAUGUUACUCAAUUAGGAGCGAUUGGUGAUGGAGUUACAGACGAUUCGCAGGCGUUCUUGAAAGCUUGGGAAGCUGUUUGUAGCGGAACAGGAGAUGGGCAGCUUGUCGUUCCGGCAGGGGUGACAUUUAUGUUACAGCCCCUGAAGUUUCAAGGUUCUUGCAAAUCGGCCCCAAUUUUUGUUCAGAUAUUAGGCAAUCUGGUUGCAUCGAGUAAAGGAAAUUGGAAAGGAGACAAAGAUCAAUGGAUUCUUUUUACAGACAUUGAAGGACUUGUGAUUGAAGGUGGCGGUGAAAUUAACGGUCAGGGUUCGAGCUGGUGGGAACACAAAGGCUCCAGACCUACCGCGUUGAAGUUCAAGAGCUGCAACAACCUUAGAUUGAGUGGGUUAACGCAUGUAGAUAGUCCAAUGGCUCACAUUCACAUAAACGAUUGCAACUAUGUGACCAUCUCAAGUCUACGGAUAAAUGCGCCGGAAUCAAGUCCUAACACUGAUGGAAUCGACGUAGGCUCUUCAUCCAACGUUGUCAUCCAGGAUUGCGUCAUCGGUACCGGUGAUGAUUGCAUUGCGAUUAAUUCGGGGACGUCUAAUAUCCGGAUUUCUGGUAUAGAUUGCGGACCAGGCCAUGGAAUAAGCAUAGGAAGCUUGGGAAAAGAUGGGGAGACAGCUACAGUGGAGAAUGUAUGUGUCCAAAACUGUAACUUUAGAGGAACUACUAAUGGUGCUCGGAUCAAAACCUGGCAGGGCGGAUCGGGUUACGCGAGAAUGAUUACUUUCAAUGGAAUUACUCUAGAUAAUGUUGAAAAUCCAAUCAUAAUCGAUCAGCUCUAUAACGGUGGAGAUUCUGAUAAAGCCAAAGAUCAUAAGUCGUCGGCAGUGGAAGUGAGCAAAGUGGUGUAUAGCAAUUUCAUUGGGACGUCGAAGUCAGAGUACGGCGUUGACUUCCGAUGCAGCGAGACAGUACCAUGCACAGAGAUUUUCUUAAGAGACGUGAAAAUAGAAACGGCAUCAUCAGGAUCAGGACAAGUCGCACAAGGACAGUGUUUAAACGUGAGAGGUGUGUCAACACUUGCUGUACCAGGUCUAGAAUGUUUGGCCCUUUCCCCAGAUAUGUUGUCAUCGACGCAAUUGCCGGAACAAACUUGCAUGUUGGCACAAUCAGUGCAACCAAGAACAACACAACCGAUGCAAGAUCCAAUAUGGGAUUUUGAAAGCAGAGGGAAACGACUUAGAGUUUACAAUGCUGUAUUAGUUUCAUUUGUCUCUUUGGUUACAUAUAUUUUAGGUGAUUAAUUCAAGAUUUCAAAAGUUCAAAGAUAUAAGUGGCUAUGAUAAGUAUAAGUUAAUUGGGAGUUUGAAGUCUACUUGUGUUGAUAAGUGUCACCAGUCACCACCUCAAAAGCCUAUUUUCCCAAUAAGAUUUUUUAACAUUUAUAACAAAAACCAAAAAUUUCACAUA